AUGACGUGCCCAAGGUGUCACGCCAGCGAGAAGAAGUUCUUCGAGCAGAGCACGAUUGAAGGCGCUUUCAACACAAUCACACGCGAUCGUGAGGCUACCAAGGAGGCCGCCUUGGAAGAAAAACUUCCAGCUACUCUAGAGCCUCAGGACGAGGUGAUAAAAGACGAAAGUCCCAGCACUUCCGAACCACCGAUGGCUGAGUCUACCGAUAAGAGCAAAGAAGAGGAUGAGCCGGAUGAGUCUAGUCUCCCCGACACCAUCAAAGCCCUGGAGCUUCUGGCCCAAGAAGGUAUCACUGCCGCGGAGAAGAAACUCGCAAAGCUCAGGGAGAGGAACCACGAGCAGAAUGAUAGACAUGAAGUGACGAAGCCGGCCGCUGCGGCGCCAUCGCCUGGUCCUGGUACGCCUGGUCCUGGUAAGGAACGUGACCUUCAAGUCCGAGCUGCAAUGGGUGACUACGAAGCCAUUGCCAAGCUGAACAGAAAGCGGAAACCCGAGCACGACCAUCUCCGCCAAAGCGAGGAAAGCUCCAAGAAGCCGAAACCCUAUAUCGGUCUCGGUGGUACGCUUGUGAAUAAUAUCUUCGAGGGCUACGAGACCGGGGAGAAGGCCCGUGAAGACAAGAAGCAUAGGACCGAGCUGAGACAUCUUGCCAAAGAUGCUGCAGGGCGUCAACAGUUGAAGCAGAUGAGGGAAUCUGGAAAUGUUAUCGCGGGCGAGGUCUUGCAGAGCAAGCUCAGCCAGAUGGAGAAGAUUCGCGACAGGGUCAGAGCAAGGAGGGCUGCUGCUAAGGAAAAGAUUGCGGAGUCGUCCAAGCCUCAGCCGGGGACUACGGAAGCCGCAUCUGCCGAGAUGGAGAGUGGGGGUGUGGAAGACGAGGAAGACGAGGAAGAAGAACAUGGCCAUGGUGACGAGGGGAAAGAGUUUGAGCAUUCUCAAGAGGAGCAGCAAUUCGGACUUGACGAGCCGUGGGGCGCUCCUGAACAUAUGACCAAGCCGAGUGUCAAUCCUACCGACGAGGAGGUGACUGAGCGCAGCGAGACCGACAAGGAAGAGAAGGAGGCCGACCUUCCCAUGACCACCGCUGCAUCUCGCUCCAACGCUCCCGAGGGAAAGCCAAAGCCGAAUACCGACCCUACCGACAGGGAGAUGAUUGAUCUCAGCGAGACCGACAAGGAAGAGAAGGAGGCCGGCCUUCCCAUGGCCACCGCUGCAUCUCGCUCCAACGCUCCCGAGGGAAAGCCAAAGCCGAGUGUCGAUCCUACCGACAAGGAGAUAAUUGAUCUCAGCGAAACAAACCCGAACAAGACGGAGGACGACCUUCCAACUGCGGCCCCAUCCUGUUCUACCGGAAAUGGUCCCAAUGCUGAAAUAGCAGACAUCCACCUUGGAAUAGAGACCGAUUCAAGUGAGAGCGCUACCGAUAACCGCUCCACGGCGGCUUCUCCCUCUACCAAGUCUGUCGAUACCGCUGCGACCAUCCCAAGCUUCGACAUCAAAGCGAACACCUCGAACUCUGAUCUCAGCAACGAGAAAAUAAUACAGCUCAAGCUCCAGCAGAAUCGGCUCAAGCAAGAGGAGAUCAGCCUGCAGAUGCAACUCCUCCGGUGCCAGAAGGAGGACCGCGAGUGA